AAAUUGUACCAAUGUCAAUCUCAAAGACAACAUGGUCGUCAAAUGUAACAAAUACCAUCAACCAGAAAGAGAUAUCUCAGGGAAAUACUGCCUUCGUCGAUCCUGCCAUUGAUGCCUUAUUUACGAGUCUAAAAAACGAAAUGGACGAACAAAAUAGGGUCAUUGAUAAUCAAAGAGAUGAGCUUGAAGCACUUGCAUUCUCCCCUACCAGCUCAGUUGGAUUGAAAUUGGUACAAAGAUGCUCGGCUUUAAAAGCUGAGAACAAAGAACUCGGACACGUACUCCAUAAUGGGCCCUUGGAAAAAUACAAAAUGGAAAUAGCAUUCCAAAACAAGUUGAUCAAUGAGCUUCAAGUCGCAUUAAAAGAGUCCUAUGCAUAUGCUGCUUCUUUGGACAGAGAAAUUGAAGCGCUGCAAGACGAACUUUUUGAAUGCAAAGCAAAUCACACAUCUGGAUAAACAUUCUUUUUUGUUCUGGUAAAAGUGACAGACAUUAGUCAACAGGUGUUCGUCAUACGUACGCAACAAAAGUCUUUAAUUCAAAAACAAUAAGAUUGCCGAUUCAAUGUAACUUGUGUGCACAGACCGAACUUUUUUACAAUAGCCAUAAUGUAUCGUUGCUUUCAUGUUGUUUUCAUAUCCCACGUUUUACGCAGUUGAAAAUAUAGUCGUAUGAUUCAGAUU